AUGGAGACGCCGCUGCACCGCGUCGACGACCUCAUGUACGAGCUGCUCUGCAGUAGCGAGCUGACGCGCCUCUGUAGCGCUGUGGCGACCCGGCGCCUCCACCCGUCCGCGCUACAGUCGCUGCGCAUUGACGAAAUCCUUGCCCAGCGCAUGGUGUUUCCGCCGCUCGAGCAAAAAGACAUUGCGGGCAGCGGGUUCGAAGCGCACACCAAGUACCUCGAGACGUUUGGCGAGUACGUGUUUGGACCCAACGAGAAGUGGGACGCGAUGCGCUACAUGGCGGUCCGAGAGCUCAUGCGCGAGUGCGCAUCGGCCAAGCGCAGCGCGAUGCACGGCGCCUGCGUCGCGCGCGCGUUGGAGUGGAUUGAGAGCACCGGGAACGAGCACGACGAGAUGCUCCGUGCGCCGUCGCUCUCCAAGCUGAAGACUAUCAACCUCCAUCGCGGCGCGACGCCCAGUGACGCGCAGCCGCGUGUUUCGUUUGCGGACGCGCCAGUGCCCGAGCAACUACUUCGCUACGAGCAGCGCGAUCUUCGGACGUCCCACAUUCAUCGCAUCGCAGAGCUCAAGGAAAAAGGCAUCUCAUUGCCACUGCCACCGCCCGUGGCGACAAUGGAGCCGCCCAAAAACAACCAAACCGAGCUCCUCGAGCUUGAGCGGCAGCGCGCCGGCUACAAGUUUCAUACCCCCGAGACCGUCGCCGAGAUUGCGCUCAAUGAAGUGUGGCGGCAGCGACGCGACGAAGACGCGCACACCAAGGUGCAGCAGGACGAGGUCCAAUCCGCACUCUUCCAGUGGACAAUGGCGCGCAGUCGCGACGAAGCCGAGCUCCUCCGCAAACAAGAGUCGUCGCGCAUGAUGACGCACCGGCAGUCGACGCCGGUGCUGCCGUCGUCUCGACCAACAACGUCGAGCAACCAAGAUGACAUGGAUCUACUACUGCGCCCGACGCCAACCAAGAGUCUCAUGGGCACGGCCCCCGUCGUCAUCAAAAAGACCGCGUCGACCAACGCCGGCAUGCGCUUCCGGAACCCGCUGCCCGCCAACUUUAAGCGCAUGGCCAACCGCGAUACGCUUGCCGUGCACGCGCCGACCUCGAUGGGUCGAAGCUGCUCGAUGAACGAUGUGGGGCCGAUGCUGGUCGAAGCCGACGCGCCGCCGCCCGCGUCGCACUACCCGGCCUCGUACAUGCUCGGUGUACCUGCCGAGGCGGCCAAGACGCCGCCGCUCCAGCGUGUCAAGCGAAAAAAACCCAAGACGGACGUUCGAGGGCUCGUGCCGGCGCAGCCUCAGCCGUUGGACUCGGAAUUCCGAGUCUUUCACGCUGCGACGACCGCGCGCCAGUGUCCGUCGGUGCGCACCGAGGGCAAGAAGAGCCAUGGCAUGAGCGCGCUCCGAAGAGAGGAGCUUAACGAAGUCGACGCGAUCCGCGCCGCAUUUGAGCGCCACCACAUACACUUCAACGCGCACGUCUUUGAGCGUGCUCUCUUGACGCCCGAGGACAGGCCUGGCCUCGAGUGCGUCAAGCGCCUUCCGACCGCGGGCUCAAAACUACCCGAGAAUCCGCUCGGAAGUUUCCGCCAUACGUUGCACAAGAGCAAGGAAGGCAAGUCAACCAAGAAGAAGAAGAAGACCAAGAAGCGCAAGUCGGGCAAAUCCAAAGGAAAGAAAGCCAAAGCCGCUUCGUAG